AUGGAUAUGGUGAUGAAGUUGGGAACAUCAAGUGCAGUGGUGAUAUUCACUAAGAGUAGUUGUUGCAUUUCUCACAGCAUCGAAACUCUUAUCCGUAGUUUUGGAGCAAACCCUAUAAUUUACGAGCUCGAUACUCAUCCAAAUGGAAAGAAAAUGGAAAAGGCAUUGAUGAAACUAGGGUGUCAACCAACACCAGCAAUAUUUAUAGGGAAAGAAUUAGUUGGUGGUGCAACUGAGAUAAUGAGCCUUAAUGUGAGGGGCAAGCUUAAGCAAUUACUCAUUAGGGCUAAUGCCAUUUGGGUAUAG